AAUUCUAAAAUUUCAUUCACAUUCUAAUUUCUCUAUCUCUUCUUCUUCUUCUUCUUCUUCUUCAUUUUUCUUUUUCUUUUUUUUCUUUAUUGAAUUUACAAUGAUGUACGGACAAAUUAACGGUUGUGAAUCCGAUUUUGUUCAUCUUGAAACCAUUCGUCGUCAUUUAUUGGGAGAUUCAGAGGCUUUCCGAUGUGGGAAUUUCUCCCUUGCUGGAACUACCUCCCCUGUUUUCUGUCGGAGCUCAAGUUUUGGCAGCUUGUACCCUUGUUUAACUGAAAAUUGGGGCGAUUUGCCUCUCAAAGAGGAUGAUUCCGAAGACAUGGUCCUCGCCGGCGUCCUCCGCGAUGCCGUCAACGUCGGUUGGGUACCAUCGCUUGAAACUUUCAAUUUUGGGUUCUCUGAUGUCAAGCCCGAGCCCGAGAUUCUCUCUCCGGUGAACGUCUUGCCGGAAGUUAAGGUUCCGUCCACGGAGGUGGCUGCGGCCUUGCCGGCGGUCGUUCCCGCGAAGGGGAAGCAUUACCGGGGUGUACGGCAGCGACCGUGGGGUAAGUUUGCGGCGGAGAUUCGAGACCCGGCGAAGAACGGAGCUCGGGUUUGGCUUGGGACGUUUGAAACCGCGGAGGAUGCGGCGCUUGCUUAUGACCGGGCUGCUUAUCGGAUGCGUGGCUCCAAAGCUCUUCUUAAUUUUCCACUUCGAGUUAAUUCGGGUGAACCUGAUCCGGUUAGAGUGACGUCGAAGCGGUCGUCACCUCGAUCGUCCCCGGAACCUACUUCGUCGUCGUCGUCGGUAGAGAGUGGGUCUCCUAAGCGACGAAAGAAGGCGGAAGGUACCGCGGUGUCACCCGCCUUAGCUUCGCCGGAGUUGAAUCAAUUAGUGGUGGGGACGAUUGGAUUGCAAGUGGAAGCUGAUGUGGCAAAAUGUACAAGUGGCGAGUAAUGAUUGGGUGACUAGUGGAGAUAGUGAAAAUUAAGAAAAAGGCAAGGAGCACUUGAGAUUAAAUAAACCAAAACUUUAAAAGAAAUUUGUAAUUAUUUUUUGAGGACAUAUUCUAGGAAUAGGAUUGGUAGAAUUUUCUUUGGAGUUUCAAAUUUUUGGGGAUUUUAUUUUAGAAAUUAUAAAAUUUCCCAAAAAGAAAAAAGAAAAAAAAAAUUGGUACAUAAUGGGGUGGUUGGAUUUUGCUAAAGCAAAUUUGUUUAUUGUUUAGAAAAGUAUAUCUUUUGAAUGGAAUUUUUAUAUUCUUUUCACA